AUGGAUUUGUUGACAUUCAAACAGUUUGCGGUGCUUCUCUGGAAAAAUUUUACUAUAAAGAGAAGGCAGUUCAUUAAUUUAAUAUUGGAAGUCUUAACAGCAUUGGUGUUUCCAAUGUUGCUUUUGCUAUUCCGUGCACUUACUAAUAUAAAUGUUAUUGGAUCUCACAAUUUUAAUCCUCAACCCAUCAGUAGUCUGCCUUCUUUCCUCAAAAAUCCUGAAGAGUGGGAAUUGAUUUACGUGCCUUCUAAUAUUAAUGUGGUAAAAGAGAUCACUGAGAGUAUGAAGAGGAAUUUAAACAUCAGUAUAAAAGUGCAAGGCUUUUCUUCAGAAACUGAGUUUGAGAAGUAUGUGAAAUAUGACUCUAGGUCUCACAAAGUGCUGGCUGCCAUUGUUUUUGACAAUGACUUCAAAAACAGCAAUGACCCUCUGCCACUUCAGGUAAAAUAUCACCUGCGUUUUGUUAGGAUACAAAGGACUAUCUUGUGGCCAGACUUGUCAGGGUGGAAAACAGCCUUGCUCUUUCCUAUCUAUCCUUCUUCAGGCCCUAGGAACCCAAGUGACCAUGAUGGAGGAAGUCCUGGGUACAUCAGAGAAGGGUUCCUGGCUGUACAGAAUGCCUUAGAUAAAGCCAUCAUGCUGUAUCAUGAGAACAGUGCUAGACAAAAGCUGUUUGAUGGCAUUAGCAUUUUUAUACAGAGGUUUCCACACCCAGCUCAUUCUCACGAUGGAUUAAUUUGGAGCAUUAGUGGUUUUCUCCCUUUGAUGUUCAUACUCAUGUUCUCUCCAAUUGUACUUUCCAUCAUGAGAUUCAUUGUGUGGGAAAAGGAAAAAGGAUUGAAGGAGUACCAACUCAUAAUUGGACUUAGAAACUGGAUGAUCUGGGCUUCCUAUUUCUUCACAGUCUUCUUUUUUUAUAUGAUUAUUAUCACUUUGAUAUGUGUGUUAUUCUUUAUUUCCAAUGAACCAAUCUUCCGCUACAGUGACUAUAGUUGCAUCUUUGUCUUUCUUGUAUGUUAUGCCAUUGCUUCAAUUUUCUUUGGCUUUAUGGUUAGCACAUUCUUCAGUAAAGCCCACUUGGCUGCUUCUGCUGGAAGCCUUCUAUAUUUUGCCAGUUUCUUUCCAUUUAAAUCCAUUGCUCAAAACUAUGGACAGAUAACCCUCACUAACAAGGUGACUGCCUGUCUCAGCUCAAAUGUUGCACUGGCACUGGGGAUUAAUCUUCUGUUCAAGUUGGAAAUAAAAGAAAUUGGUGUCAAGUGGGAUAACCUUUGGACACCAGCCAACCUUGAGGAUAACCUCAUAUUUGGCUAUAUGAUGGGAAUGCUUUUAGUUGAUGCUUUCUUAUAUGGCCUUGUGACCUGGUAUGUAGAAACUGUCUUUCCAGGACAGUAUGGCGUGUCCCAACCAUGGUACUUUUUUCUUAUGCAUUCAUACUGGUAUGGUCAUCCAAGAAUUAGAAGGAAAAGGGAAGAAAUGAAAGGCUGUGGAAGAACUCAAAACAAAUAUUAUGAGGCUGAAUCAACUAGCUUGGUGGCAGGUAUCCAGAUCGAACACUUACACAAGGAAUUUGGUGACAAAGUAGCAGUAAACGACAUAUCUUUGAACUUGUAUAAGGGGCAGAUCACUAUUCUUCUAGGAGAAAAUGGGGCAGGAAAAACCACAACCUUGUCUAUUCUCACAGGUAUGUAUUCAGCUCUGUUCUGAGCAAAAGUCUACAUUAAUGGAUAUGCCAUCUCAAAGAAUAUAAUUGAUAUUCGAAAAAACAUGGGCUUCUGCCCACAGCAUGACUUGUUGUUUAAUGACUUGACACUAUCAGAACACCUUUAUUUCUACUUUAUGGUAAAAAGAAAAUGUCAGAAGAUAUACCCUAUUGAAAUUGACAAUAUGCUCUCUACUUUUAACCUACGAGAAAAGCGUGAUACAAUUUCAGAGUCACUGACUGCAGGAAUGAAGCGCAAACUGUCCGUCAUGAUAGCACUUAUAGGAGACUCCAAGGUGGUGAUACUUGAUGAACCAUCAUCUGGCAUGGACCCUCUCUCAAGAAGAGCCACCUGGGAUCUCCUUCAACGAUAUAAGCACAAUCGUACCAUCUUAAUGACCACCCACUACAUGGAUGAAGCUGACAUCUUGGGUGACCGCAUAGCCAUCAUGGUCAAGGGAACCUUGCAGUGCUGUGGCUCUUCAGUCUUCCUUAAACAAAUAUAUGGUGCUACAUAUCACAUAGUCAUGGAACUUGAACCACAACAUGAUGUUGAAAGGAUUUCUGCAGUGAUUCGGUCUCAUAUUGCAGAUGCCACCUUGGAAAAGUGUACUGGAGCUGAAUUAUCAUUUAACCUUCCCAAAGAGUAUACCCACAGGUUUAAAACUCUGUUUAAUGAACUGAAUAAGAAAAAAAGAGAGCUAGGCAUUGCCUGCUUUGAUGCUUCAAAAACUACCAUGGAAGAAGUCUUCCUUAAGGUCAAUAAGCUGACAAAUCCCCGAAUGGAUAUUCUUCCUAUCCAGUCCCCUUCAAUGAAGGGCCAAAAAAUAAGACAAGACAUGAAGAAGAAUAUUAUUACACCUGGAAACUAUAACACACCAAUUUUUUCAAGACUGAAUGAAAUUGCUACCAUUAAAUUUAAUACUGGGUUCCCACUUUUCUGCCAGCAAUUUCAUUCCAUGUUUAUAAAGAGAGCACUAUUCAGUUGGCGCAAUUGGAAAUUGGUGUUGCUACAGAUAUCAAUAAUUUUGUUUGUCACUACAUACCUCUUAACAGCUCAAAAUUUAUAUUCUGAAGAGCGCAUCAGAGAAAUGGAUUUGAGUCAGUAUGGUCAAACAAUUGUGCCUUACUCAGUUUCAGGGAAAUCUGAUUUGGCUAUGAAUCUCAUAAGGAACCUGAAGAUUCUUCUACAACCUAAAAAUCAAGAACUUCAUGAAGUGCAAGUUACCAGUAUCUUAGAGGAAGCCAAAUCAAAGACAAAAAAUGUAUACUUCAAGAUAACUGACCACAAAUGUGAAUAA